GUGUUUCAUCACUCUCACAGUAAAGAAUUUCUUCCUUAUAUCUAAUCUAAAUCUUUCCUCUUUUAUAUUUAAGCUGUUCCUCCUUAAGCUGUCACUAUGUGCUCAGGCAAAAAUUCACUCUCCUUUUUUAUAAGCCCCCCUUUAAGCACUUUCAAGUUCACCUUCACUGCAUCCUUGUGUUUUGAUUUUGUGAUAGUCUUACAACCACUAAACCUGUGGUGCUGUCCACAUUCUAUAUUUGGUGGAUACAGGAUAUUAGAAAACAAUGUCAUGCAAAGAUAAUAAUCAAAUAUUUAUGGCCAGUUGAAAAGAAGAGUUCAUGCUCAAGCAGAGAUUCGGGUUUGGUUUUAUUUACCUUGCACAAGUUAUCCAGUGCCCAGAGAUUGUAUGGGUGAGGAAGAAAAUGCCACCACCACGGACAGGUUGUAGACGUCCUGCAGAUCUAUCAUCAGUGUGAGUGACAAAUAGGAGCAAUGAAAUUGUUUGGGACAAACUGUGCUUUAAAGCAACAGUGUACAGAGGCCAAAAAGCUGUGAAAAUAUUUGCUGGUUUUGAUACAAGUAGUUGUCAAGGCAGAGGUGGGCACACAGGCACACCUCACCUCACGGGGCUCUUCAGAGGGGCCCUGGGCACUGGGCCUCCCUUGAAGGGAUUACUGAGCCCUUAGUCACCACUCAGCCAGCCAGGCACGAGGUGUGUGCUGGCAGCCAGCCCGAGUCCACCCUGCACCUUGCUGCUUGCCAGAAAACUAAUGAGCAAAUACUUCCGCUUUCAGGCUGUGCCCUCCCCUCUCCCUACACCUGCAACUAGAACCAGGACUCUGCCUGGGACAAACUGGAGCCUCUGCACCAGCAGCUGGGCUGGGAGCAGGGAAAAGCUGACCCAACAAAGACAAAUCAAGUGAGAGAGGACUGGAACACAGCUGGGAGCCAUCCUGCGUGUGCAGUAGGACACUAGCACUGAGCAGCAGGUUUUCCCAAACAGCUGAGUCCUCAGCUCCUGGGGAAGAUGAGUAUUUCGUCAGAGCACAAGCCCCUUGGGAAGCAGGUCACCAGCAGCCUGCAUACGGUGAGUAAGUUGUCACCAAUUGUGGAGUUAAAUGUUGGUGGGGAGAUGUACACAACAAUGCUGAGCACCUUGAAGAAACACCCUGGCUCCAAGCUGGCAGAGAUGUUCACUGGCCAGCCCAAACUCAGGACUGACUCUGAAGGGAGGUUCUUCAUUGACAGGCCAGGCACCUACUUCAAAUACAUCUUGGAGUACCUGCGCAGUAAUCAAGUACCCACCCAGUGCAUCCAAGAUGUCUACAAGGAGGCAUUGUUCUAUGACAUAGAGCCUUUGAUCAAGCAGCUUGAGGACUCCCCACAGAUCUUUGGGGAGCUCGUGGCGAGGAGGCAGUUUCUGGCUCGUGUGCCCAACUACAGCGAGAACAUCGAGCUGAUGAUCCGCAUCGCGAGGGCAGAAGCGGUUGCAUCCCGACAGUCCGGCGUCAUCGUAUGUGUGGUCAGAACUGAGGAGGAUGCAGCCAGGUGUCAGGAUGCCUUGAACAGUUUGGACAUGGAUAAAAAAUCCGUGGUGAAGUUUGGCCCCUGGAAGGCUGUGCCAAGUAUUUCUGAUCUGCUGGACUGCAUUCAAAUGGAUGUAGAAGCCAAAGGGUAUAAAAUAUCUUUUCAGCCCCAUGUUGCUGAAAAAGGUUUUCGUUUCAAAUCGCACGACUUCUUCUACAAGUUCCUGUUCACCUGGUGGUAGCAAAGUGCCACCAUUGACAGGGAACAUUAGAAAGCAAUUACUGGAACAAAUUAACCUGGACUGUGGAGACUAAACUGUGGGUUACCAGAGGGACAGGAAGAAACUACACAGGCCAAGGAAAGGAUCUCCUUUGGCUAUCUGCCAUAUCAAAGAGCACUUAACAGCCACUUUACUUGGGCUUUAGGGGAUUUAAAAGGCUCCAGAAAAAGGAGGAAUUUUACUCCUCAGUGUUGCUUACUAUUCAUUCAGUUCAAAGAGAUGGAUCUGUGGAUUGAGCCAACUUCACUCAACCUAAGGGAAAUGAAUAAUCCCAAAUAUGUUUCAUGGACAUGUCGAUUUGCUCUCUUAGUGUAAAUGGGAACAGGCCACAUACAUGCAAAUCCUGACUGAAACAGUGACAUUACCACAUACUCAAAUUAAAUUUAGUUUCUUGAUGGGAAGACAAAAGCUAUUCUUCUCCCUCCUUUCUACACUAGAAUCUGGGUUAAAAAAGAAGGAUUCAGUGUCCUAUGAUCUCCUCUUAUUCCUCCAGUAGACAGCCUACUCUCUAGUCAAUGUAUUUAUUACCAUUAUUUAUUAUUUGUUCUGAAGACAGAGAACCUCAGCUACUGUCCAGGAUCAACAAAAGGCCAAAAUACCAUUACAGAUGUGAGGAGUUUAUAAUCUAAGGACACACACUACUCUUUCAGACCACAUGAUCUUAAUCUCUUUCUUAUGACACUUGGUAUUAUGAUGUUGCUAUUUCUAACUGCAUAAGCUCCUAGAAGAAUUGGGAAAACCUGCCAUGAUUUGGUGGGAAGGAAGUGGUACUAAAGAAACAGCCUGCAAAUUCUCUUUUACAGAACACAAGUUGCAUUCUACAAUGUGUUUUAAAAAAAUCUUAGAAUAUGAAAGUUUAUUUUUAUACUGGAGAUGGCUUGGGUUUAAUCACUCUGAGAAUCAUAAUGGCUGAUUUGAUAAAGAUCAUAUUUCCUUUACUUCUCAGAAGAUGGAUUUCUUCCAGUCAAGGACAAUAACCAUAGAACCAUAGAAUGGUCCUUGGGAUUUCAAAUAAAUAACUUUUAAAGUUUUU